GGCGGCGUUUGACGUCAGUGGGGAGUUAAUUUUAAAUCGGUACAAGAUGGCGGAGGGGGACGAGGCAGCGCGGAGGCAGCAGCCGCACCAGGGGCUGCGGCGGCGGCGGGGGACCAGCGACCCAAGCACCGGGGUUAACCACGUCUCGUCCACGACCUUCCUAGGUGAGAAUUAUGAAGAUGAUGACCUAGUAAACUCUGAUGAGGUUAUGAAGAAACCAUGUCCAGUGCAGAUUGUUCUUGCUCAUGAAGAUGACCAUAACUUUGAGCUCGAUGAAGAAGCUUUGGAGCAGAUAUUGCUACAGGAGCACAUACGAGAUCUUAACAUAGUAGUGGUAUCCGUGGCAGGAGCUUUUCGUAAAGGGAAAUCAUUUCUACUGGACUUCAUGCUUAGAUAUAUGUAUAACAAGGAUUCCCAAAGUUGGAUUGGUGGAAACAAUGAACCAUUGACUGGCUUUACAUGGCGAGGUGGUUGUGAGAGAGAAACAACAGGCAUACAAGUUUGGAAUGAAGUAUUUGUGAUCGACAGACCUAAUGGAACAAAAGUGGCUGUGCUGCUAAUGGAUACCCAGGGUGCCUUUGAUAGCCAGUCAACUAUCAAAGACUGUGCAACGGUGUUCGCUUUGAGCACCAUGACUAGCUCUGUCCAGGUAUAUAAUCUGUCUCAGAACAUUCAAGAAGAUGAUCUUCAACACUUGCAAUUAUUUACAGAGUACGGCAGACUUGCAAUGGAGGAAAUCUACCAGAAACCAUUUCAGACAUUAAUGUUUUUAAUUCGGGAUUGGAGUUAUCCUUAUGAACAUUCAUAUGGUUUGGAAGGUGGAAAACAAUUCCUUGAAAAGAGAUUGCAGGUAAAGCAAAAUCAACAUGAAGAGCUACAGAAUGUAAGGAAGCACAUUCACAAUUGUUUCUCAAAUCUUGGUUGCUUCCUUUUGCCACAUCCUGGUCUUAAAGUUGCAACUAAUCCUAGUUUUGAUGGGAGAUUGAAAGAUAUUGAUGAAGACUUUAAACGAGAGCUUCGAAAUCUGGUUCCAUUGCUGCUUGCCCCUGAGAAUUUGGUAGAAAAAGAGAUAAGUGGAUCUAAAGUCACUUGUAGAGAUCUUGUAGAAUACUUUAAGGCUUACAUUAAAAUUUAUCAAGGAGAGGAACUUCCACAUCCAAAGUCCAUGCUUCAGGCAACAGCUGAAGCUAAUAAUCUUGCUGCAGUAGCAGGAGCAAGAGAGAUCUAUUGCAAAAGUAUGGAGCAGGUAUGUGGUGGGGACAAGCCUUACAUUGCACCUUCAGAUCUGGAGCGAAAACACCUGGAUCUCAAGGAAGUGGCGAUUAAACAGUUUCGUUCAGUGAAGAAAAUGGGUGGAGAUGAAUUCUGCCAUCGUUAUCAGGACCAGCUUGAAGCUGAAAUUGAAGAAACCUAUGCAAAUUUUAUAAAGCACAAUGAUGGCAAAAAUAUCUUCUAUGCUGCUCGUACUCCUGCCACACUGUUUGCAGUCAUGUUUGCUAUGUAUAUAAUCUCAGGACUGACUGGCUUCAUUGGCCUAAACUCUAUAGCCGUCUUGUGUAACCUUGUCAUGGGGUUAGCACUGACAUCUCUUUGUACUUGGGCAUAUGUAAAAUACUCUGGGGAGUUCAGAGAAAUUGGAACAAUGAUUGAUCAGAUUGCUGAAACACUAUGGGAACAGGUAUUGAAGCCCCUGGGUGAUAAUUUGAUGGAGGAAAACAUAAGGCAGUCUGUAACAAACUCUAUCAAAGCAGGCCUGACUGACCAGGUGUCUCAUCAUGCCAGAUUAAAGACAGACUGACAGUUCAUCUCCUCAUGGACUCCACUCUCCCUCUUUUUCAUGCUUGCUGUACAAUGAGAACUCAAAUAAAAAUAAACCAAAGUUUACAAUCAACUGUAGAAGUAGUUUAGUAUAACUGGCUUCACAGAUGGCUGCCACAGAGUGUGAAAAUUGUUUGUUGGUUUUAAGCAUUCUGUUCUUGGCUCCUAAGACACGGAGAUUGGCUGAGGAGCGUUAGUUUAUCAUGCACAUUUGUGCCAUGUUUCUUUUAUUUUUUUUCUUCCUUUUAAUCUAAUGUUAGUGAAAUUUGUCUUGUGUAAAAGGAUAUUUCAGGGAAAUAUUUUAAGAAAUCUAUUUAGAGUCUAACACCAGUAUCCCAUUGAAAUUUUAAUUUUAGUGAAGUUAUGAAUCACUGUAUCAAGAAUCAGAUCAGAAUGACAAUGAAGCCUUUCUUGAGCCACUACAUUAAAAGUAUAUAUUGCUUUAUUGCCUUCAAUACCAGUAUUACAUAAGUGCAUGUAUCAGAAAUUUCACAGAAAUUACAUGACAACUCUUGUAGCUAAGAAAGUGAUUCUGAGGUGUACAUUUGUCUUGCCUUUUUAAAUUUAUAAACCUGCCCUAAAAGGAGAUGCAUAUCUGGGAAACUGAACUGUCUUUAUGCAGUUUAGCCUUCAUGUACAUAAAAUAUGCCAUUAAUUUUAUUGGGGGAGAAAUUCCAUCCAAAAAUGUUGCCUACAGCUAUGAGUUAAGAGUGUCUGUACAGUGUGUAGCUUUUAUUUUCUAAAAUCACAGAUAGGGCAUGUAUAUGAAUUAUAAAUAUAUAAAUACGAUUUUGUAUUAAAAGUUUUGUAGUUUAUGGCAAAAUCUGGUUCUGUGGUAGGCUAAGUACAGUCCCUGUGAAGGAAUGUUUGUGGCUCAUGUCAGUGUGUGAAUGCAUAGACAAUUUGAAGUUUUUGAUAUAUUUGUGAUAUUUAUCUUCCUUGAGCACUGCAAUCUCACCCUCACCCCCAAGGGAAUUCAGUGGGAAUGUUUAUCGUGACUUUGUCCUCUGUUGCAUUUUAAAGUUAUUUCCUGUAAUUUAUUUUCAGUACAUAAUUAAAAAUUUGUUGUAUAUAUAAAA